AUGGACUAUCAUACAUCAAGUACAACCUACACCUAUGAUCUAGAUUAUGGUAUGUCAGAACCCUGCCAAAAAAUCAACGUGCGGCAGGUCGCAGCCCGGCUCCUGCCCCCGCUCUACUCGCUGGUGUUCAUCUUUGGCAUUGUGGGUAACAUGCUGGUGGUCCUCACCCUGGUCAACUGCAAGAAGUUAAGGAGCAUGACUGACAUCUACCUGCUCAACCUGGCCAUCGACCUGCUCUUCCUGCUCACGCUCCCGUUCUGGGCCCACUAUGCCGCGGCCCAAUGGGACUUUGGAAAUGCAAUGUGCCAGCUUUUGACGGGGAUCUAUUUUAUAGGCUUCUUCUCUGGAAUCUUCUUCAUCAUCCUCUUGACAAUCGAUAGGUACCUGGCGAUUGUCCAUGCUGUAUUUGCUUUAAAAGCCAGGACAGUCACCUUUGGGGUAGUGACAAGUGUGAUCACCUGGGUGGCAGCUGUGUUUGUGUCUCUUCCAGGGAUCAUCUUUACCAGGUCACAAAAAGAAAGUUCUCGUCAUACAUGUAGUCCUCAUUUUCCAUCCAAUCAAUAUCAUUUCUGGAAGAAUUUCCAGACAUUAAAGAUGCUCAUCUUGGGCCUGGUCCUGCCCCUGCUUGUCAUGGUCAUCUGCUACUCGGGAAUCCUGCGCACCCUCCUCCGGUGUCGCAAUGAGAAGAGGAGACACAAGGCCGUGAGGCUCAUCUUCGCCAUCAUGAUCGUCUACUUUAUUUUCUGGGCUCCCUAUAACAUCGUCCUCCUCCUGACCACCUUCCCGGAGUUCUUUGGCCUGAAUAACUGCAAUAGCUCUAACAGACUGGACCAGGCCAUGCAGGUGACAGAGACUCUUGGGAUGACCCACUGUUGUAUCAACCCCAUCAUCUAUGCCUUCAUCGGGGAGAAGUUCCGAAGGUAUCUCUCUGUGUUCUUCCAAAAACACAUUGCUAAGCACUUUUGCAAAUACUGUCCAUUCUUCCAGUCAGAGUCUCCUGAACGGGUGGGCUCAGUCUACACCCGAUCCACUGGGGAGCAGGAAAUCUCCGUUGGUUUAUGACCUUGACUAAGUUAGGCAUAUGACUCAGCUUUUACAUACAGCCUGGGAGUGGGAGUGGAUCUUUUAAGCAAGAAGUUUACUAUCAUAGAGGGUCUGAGAUCCCUCCACAUAUCGGACGUCUUUUUUAAAUAUUGACUUGAUCUUUUAAACCCUCGUUCUAGACAGUUGAUC